CCCAACAAGAAGCCUAGAUUUUAGAGGCCUUGCGUAAAUAUAGGACAUUAGGCAACUAUCUCACGUACUUAAAAGAUUGGUCUGACGUUGCAAGACUUUUUAAUUUAAGAGUUCAAUUAAUGGUUUCCACCUAAAUGGAACUUCUCUAUUUAUUGGUGAGAGUUUGGGGACUUGGAUGUUUAAAAAAAGAGUUAAGUCACUCGAUCCGUACUGAUGACCACGGGUAUGACCGUGCCCUCACAUGGGACAAAUGGGUCGCACGUGAAUUAAAAAAUCCCCACCUCCAUGUGUGUAUUCAUCUUCGCGGUCACUUUUGCAGUUCGUGUAGAAAAUUGAAUAGGAAUCCAACUGUUCUACUUUACCAAGGACGAGGAUCCCAGCAGCACAUUUUUCAAAAUAUUUAGUUUGAGAACAAGGGCAACUAACAAGUUCGACUUGAAAAUGGAGGAAAUACCCGACCCAAUUGUAACCCAAAUGAAGCCCGGCCCAAAUUGUGAAUCCAAGCCCUUCUCACGUUCUAGGGUUUGUCGCAUUUAAGGGUAAUCUUCACCAUCUUCAGUCAUCUACCUUCUUCCAAACCCCCGACACAGAAGUGAAGCGGGAAGGAAAACAAAUCUCCGGCCAUGAGUAAGCUGCAGAGUGAGGCUCUUAGGGAAGCUAUCUCAGUAAUUACUACUGAUGUCAAGGAGAAGAAGCGUAACUUCGUUGAGACAAUUGAGCUCCAGAUUGGGCUGAAAAACUAUGAUCCACAGAAGGAUAAACGUUUCAGUGGCUCCGUGAAGUUGCCUCACAUUCCUCGUCCCAAGAUGAAGAUUUGCAUGCUUGGUGAUGCUCAGCAUGUUGAGGAGGCCGAAAAAAUUGGUCUUGAAUCCAUGGAUGUGGAGGCUUUAAAGAAGUUGAACAAAAACAAGAAACUGGUUAAGAAGCUUGCUAAAAGAUAUCAUGCUUUCUUAGCCUCCGAAGCUGUUAUCAAGCAGAUUCCCCGUCUCUUAGGACCUGGUCUUAACAAGGCAGGUAAGUUCCCAACUCUCGUUAGCCACCAGGAAUCUCUUGAAUCUAAGGUCAAUGAAGCCAAGGCCACAGUGAAAUUCCAGCUGAAGAAGGUGCUUUGCAUGGGAGUUGCUGUUGGAAACUGUGCUAUGGAGGAGAAGCAGAUCUUUCAGAAUGUGCAAAUGAGUGUCAACUUUCUAGUUUCGCUGUUGAAGAAAAACUGGCAGAAUGUGAGGUGCUUGUACUUAAAAAGUACAAUGGGGAAGCCUCAGCGCAUCUUUUAAGGAGAUAAUAUUUUGUUUCUGUCGAUCCAGUUUUAGGGAUAGUAGUGUGGAGCUAAAGCAAUGGAAUCCUUCCCUGCAAUAGCAAGUUUUUGGUUGUCAAUGGUCUCGAUACUGUUUCAGAUGACACUGUGAUUGUUUUGCUUUGUUUUUCUACUGAGAUGGGAUUGAUUUUUCCUUACUGUACCCUCAACAUUUUUAUCAGGGAUAGCCAGUUUACUGUUGCUCUAUUAUUAUUUGCAUAAUUUAUUUUUAUUU